AUGUCAUCUCCCCGCGGAAUAAACUUCUUAAACUUCAAUCAAACAGGAUCAUGUAUAUCCAUGGGGACCUCGGAAGGAUUCGAAAUCUUCAACUGUGAUCCAUUUGGGAAAUUCUACUCGGAUGAGAGUGGAGGUUUUGGUAUAGUGGAAAUGCUGUUCUCAACGUCGCUGCUGGCAGUGGUCGGGGUGGGCGACCAGCCGGCAAUGUCGCCCCGAAGGUUGCGGAUCAUCAACACCAAGCGACAUUCUGUGAUUUGCGAGGUCACAUUUCCCUCGACGAUCCUAGCAGUAAAAAUGAACAAAGCUCGUUUGAUCGUGCUACUGCAAGAUCAGAUAUACAUUUACGAUAUCAGCAAAAUGCGGCUGUUGCACACAAUCGAAACAGCUACAAACCUGCGAGGACUGAUUGCCGUCUCUCCAUCUCUGGACAGCAAUUACCUCGCAUACCCUUCUCCCCCGAAGGUGAUAAAGUCUGAGAUCAAGGGCCACGCAACGACAAAUAACAUCAGUUUGUCUUCUAGCGACGCGACCACGAUGCACAAUUCGCUCAGCACAACAGAUGCAGCUGUAGCAUCAGGGUCACAUCUCUCACCACCAGGAGACCUCUCAGUUGGUGAAAAUUCUUCGCUGGAAGUGAUGGACAGCAAUGCUGCUAUUCUUGCGCCAAGCCAAGGGAACGUAAAGACCGCCAACAGCAUUCUGAAAAACGGUGACGUUAUUCUGUUCAAUAUGCAGACUCUUCAACCGACAAUGGUCAUAGAAGCGCACAAGGGCGAGAUAGCAGCUCUUACUUUAAGCAGGGAUGGCACGCUUCUGGCCACGGCGUCUGAAAAGGGCACAAUUGUAAGGGUGUUUUCAGUGGAGACAGGGUCCAAAGUCUACCAAUUUCGGAGGGGUACGUACCCAACCAAGAUUUACUCAAUGUGUUUCAGUGAUGACAAUCAGUUUUUGGCCGCCAGUUCCUCCAGUAGAACGGUUCAUAUUUUCAAGCUCGGUAAAGCAGCAUACAUGACAGAAAAUGCUGAUGCUCACAACAAUAGCGAUUUGGAAGAUCAAGAUGCCGAUGAUUUUUCGAUAGACGAAGUCGAGGAAGGGGAACGGGAAGAAACCGCGUCUCUAGGUCACAGUUCCAUAGCGAGCUAUGAUUCGUCACAGCCAGACGGGCCCACAAAGGAGCCCGUUGUUGACGCAUCUAGAAGAACUGUGGGAAGAAUGAUACGAAAUUCGUCUCAGAAACUUUCUAGAAAGGCCGCCAAGACGCUGGGUGCCUACUUCCCUAUCAAGGUGACAUCGAUAUUGGAACCCUCAAGACAUUUCGCGAGUCUGAAACUCCCGAUCGAGAGCGGUGCUGCAAUCAAAUCUAUUGUCGCGAUCGGUCAGCCCGUCGACGUUGAUACCAUAGAAUAUCCUGAGCUGUUUGAAAACGGUCUCUGGGGGUCUGCGCCGAGUGAAAGCAAGUCGGGAGUGAUGAAAAUGAUCCCUAUUCGGGUCAUUUCUUCAGACGGCUACAUCUACAACUAUGUUUUAGAUCCAGAGAGAGGCGGUGAUUGCUUGCUACUAAGCCAAUUCUCGCUUCUGAUGUACUGA